AUGGGUGGUCUCUAUUCUGCGCCUGUCAAACCUUCAGCUGGAGCUCAGCAAUCUCCACAGUCCGCCGUUAAAUCUAAGCCAGCACCAGUGUCAAAAAUGGAACGAACGCAAGAGCCAAGUCAUUAUGUAAAAUCAAACAUGAAUAAGCAAGAAGACUCCGACGAAAAUGUCUCGGAAGAGAGCGAAGAUACGACAACGACGCUCACAUCAGGUCCAUCGACUCUCAUAUCAGUUCAAAGCGCUUCAAAGAAAAGUAGCAAAGACAAGAGAGCAACGUUGCCUGGUAAAACACCCAGAAUCAGAGCUGGGCAAUCAAAAUUGGAUCAUUCAUCAUCAUCAACUACUAGAAGUUAUGGUAACAAAACUAAAGCCAGGACGACGCUUGUACAAGCAGCUCUAAAAAAGAUGGUGGAGGACUCAAUGAGAAAGAAGGCGAGAACAGGUGAGCUGAAAAGAAGAAAGCAGGGAUGA